AGUUCCGGGGGCGCUUUCUCGCCGCUGCUUUGCCCGCAUGUCUUUACCCAGCUCGGCGGUGAAGUUCCGCAGGAUCCUGGCUCACUUCCCUCAAGACCUCAGCUUAGCCUUCGCUUAUGGGUCCGGGGUCUUCCAGCAAGCGGGGUCUUCCGCCGCCGCAACGGAGAACAAUAUGCUGGAUUUUGUAUUUGCAGUUGAUGAUUCUGCAAUGUGGCAUACAAUGAACCUGUCAAAAAAUCAGAGUCAUUAUUCCUUCCUAAAAUAUUUUGGACCCAAGUCAAUAUGCAACAUCCAAAACUAUGGAGCGGGGAUUUACUACAAUACGCUAGUGCCUUGUAAUGGUAGGGUUAUAAAAUAUGGUGUCAUAAGUACUGAUGCUUUAAUUGAAGAUUUGUUUCGCUGGAAGACACUCUACGUAGCUGGACGUCUGCAAAAGCCGGUGAAAAUUCUAGCUCAGAAUGAGAAUGUUAAGCUGCAAGAGGCCCUGACCAGUAAUUUGAAGAGUGCUGUCAUGGCAGCCUUUCUCAUGUUGCCUGAAAGCUUCUCUGAAGAAGAUCUUUAUAUGAAGAUUGCUGGACUGUCAUACUGUGGUGAUUUCAGAAUGCUCAUUGGAGAAGAUAAAUCAAAGGUUAUGAACAUAGUGAAACCAAACAUGAUACAUUUUCAGAAACUUUAUAGUCAUAUUUUGCAAGAUAGCCCCCAAGUGAUAUACAAGCACCAGCUGGGCAAGUUAGAGAUAGAUAAAAGUCCAGAAGGUCAGUUUGCACAACUGAUGGCUUUACCAAGCACCCUGCAGCAAAAAAUAACUUCUCUCAAGGAUCCUCCAGGGAAGAACAGAGAUGUGGAAGAAAUUUUAUUACAAGUCGCCCAUGACCCUGACUGUAGAUUUGUGGUACACCAGGGUAUUUCAAGAAUUGUGGGGUUGUCCUGCCUAAUUCAGAGUGCUAAAACCACCCUAACAGCUGGGAUGAAAAAAUCAUUGAUCUACAGCAUGAAGAAGAUGUACAAAAUGUCAAAGGGAUGGCUAAGAAAAUCAUGACAUCUGUGAAGUUAAAAGUUUUGAAAAACCUGAUCUUGUGACUAAAGGUUAUUCUAGUUCUGUUUUUUGCAUCACCUUUUCUUGGAAGACAAAGCAUAUGGAGAAACUUUGUUGUAUUAUUUAUAUACAGACAGCUUUACAGAGAAGAUAACAGAUUACAUCUUUUUCUGCUUCCUUGAAGACUAUCUGGAAUGGUUCCCCUCUAUGCUUGCUGGAAUUUUUCUAACUUUUCCACAGUCAGCUUGUUUUACAUAUGUUGUAUAUGUAACAUCUUCAAAAUGUCUCUGUUUCCAAGGCCUUAUAUUCCUGAAGUGUUGUUGUUUUUUUUAUCACAUUUGGGUUAAGAGUUCUGCAGGAGUCCUUCUGUUCUUGCAUCAUUCACUUCACCAAGAAAUUGUAAUGGCCUUGUCCUAUAGCUUAAGAAACACUGAAUAGCACUGUGUUGAAUUCUUUUGCUUAUGGCACUCCUACUGUGUAGAGCUACAUAUCAAGUAACUUUGAGAAAGGUCAGACAUGUGUUUUCAAGGAACAGUUGACAUCAGUAUAAUUCACAGCCAAAUAUUGGCGAGUAGGUCAUAUUUCAAAACAAGGUCAGGUUAUUGUUGAGUUACUGGGAUUAAUAAUAAGAGUUUAUUUAGAUAUAUAAUGAAAGAGUUCUGCUACGCUGCCAAUUCACAAAAUGUUUUUAAUGUCAGACUGUACAGUCGCCAGGUAGUCCAACCAGGCUCAGUAAUACCUAACUAACAGUGGAUAAAAUCAAGGAACAAUAUUUUCCAUCAGCGUUUUAGGUUGUUUUUCUUCCUCAAUGCCCAGAGCAGUGAACUUCAGCUACUGGCUCAUAAAAGAAAGCUGCUAAAUUGGUUUUCUAAAAUUUAAGGCGUUGGACUAGGAGCAAGGAAAACCAAGUUCUAGUCCUGCCUUAGGCAUCAAAACCAACUUUGGGUCACUCUCUCUCUCU